AUGUCCUACGGCAACAAGGGCGUUUCUAAGCAAGGGAUCAACAAAGCUGACCAUGGCAUUGUCUACAUGGGGUCCAAAGCGUCAGAGCCACACGAGGACGAGCUUCCAGCAAGAGGCGAGUUGCCAAUGGUUGCCAUCGGCAUCCGAGUGGACCCCGACAAUCCCAUAGAAAAACUGGCUUCCAAGUCACGUGUUCACUACAGCAAAGUAUACACCAUUGAGCACAACGUCAAAGCUCGCAGUGUGGGGAUGAUUCAUCCUCGAUCGGUUCCAGACUUGCUGAUGCAGACUAAGCUGGUGUGGUCCAGGACUCCUAAUGGUCUUGGAGCGCUAUUGGGAGGCAUGAUGCCAGGACGGACAAUAGACUUCGAAAGUGCCGAAAGCACAUCGUGUACUGCAGACAAGCGCGAUUGGGCAAAGCCACCAGAUUUUACGGAAGUGGAGAAUGCAACAGACCAUAUAGAACGAGUGAACUCGACGCUUGCUCGGGAUGGAUAUACUAUGUAG